CUAAAAUAACCUUCAGUCACUGUCUGACUCAGUCAAAGUGCUGAAGUAAGCGAGGUUCAUCACGGUGUUCCUGCAACAUCACACCUCGGUCUCCUGAUCAUCAGUCACUUGUGAAAAUUCAGCGCAGCUGGGCGGUGCUGCUGCCGCUACUGUGGUCAUGGACUGCCGUCUCUGCGCCUUCAUCACCACCACUGCCAACCAGAGGGGGAACGCUGAAGCCGCCACGAACUCCAAGUGUUUACUUUAAUAAAGAAUAACUUGCAGUUCUUUAAUGUAUACGUAAUCAUACGUGAUUGAAAUUAUAAGAAAAUGGUGUGGAAAGUCUUCAAGAAAAAUAAGCCGCCAGCGACCUCCAGGAUGGUCCUGGUAAACCGUCAGCCCCCGGAGGAGCUGACAGAACCGCCAGUCAUGCCACGGUACACACACAACAGGAUUAAGACGUCUAAGUACACCGUACUCAAUUUUAUCCCCAAGAACCUCUUCGAACAGUUCCGACGGAUAGCUAACUUCUACUUUCUUUGCAUCGCUGUUAUACAGUUGUUCAUCGACAGUCCUGUGUCACCUAUGACGAGCAUUCUGCCACUGCUGUUUGUUGUGGCCGUGACGGCGGUGAAACAAGGUUACGAGGACUGGCGCAGACACCGCGAGGACAACAAGGUCAACAACGCUCCCUCUAGAGUACUCCGGGAGGGAGUAGUGAAGGACUUACGCACGAGGGACAUUGUAGUUGGGGACAUCGUAGAGAUAGCGUCCAACGAGCAGUUCCCGUGUGACCUCUUACUCCUUAUGUCGUCAGACUCUGAAGGCAAGUGCAGCGUCACCACAGCCAACCUCGACGGAGAAACUAACCUUAAGACUUUUUUCUGCCCCAGUGAGACUUGCUACCUGACCACUAUUGAUGACCUGUGGAAGCUCAGAGCUGUCAUAGAGUGUCAGUUGCCGCACGCUAACCUCUACGACUUCAAGGGUCGUGUGGAGGUGUACCGAGGUGAUGGAGGUCCCAUCAAGGCUUCUCUGUCCACUGAGAACCUGCUUCCCAGGGGCGCCAGGCUCAAGAACACCAGCACCGUCUAUGGGGCCGCCAUAUACACCGGGGAAGAAACCAAGAUGGCUCUCAACUCCAAGAUGACAGGGAACAAGUUUUCCACCGUCGAGAAGUCCAUGAAUCAUUUCCUGGUGUUCUUCUUGGUUCUUCUGGUGCUGGAGAUUGUUGUCUGCACCGUGUUGAAGUACGAGGUUUAUGACGACGAUACUAUGAGUGACAUGUGGUACCUGGGAGUGCCUGACAAUACCACAUCUACCACCAGUGAUGUGAUACAGGACAGCUCCUCCUUCCUCGUCAUCUUCAACUACAUCAUUCCCAUCUCACUCUACGUCACUCUUGAGAUGCAGAAGUUCCUGGGAGCCAUGUUCAUCGGCUGGGAUGAUGAUCUGAUGUGCAAGAAUACGGGGGAGAGAUGCAAGUGUAACACCUCUGACCUGAACGAGGAGCUGGGACAGGUGCAGUACUUGUUCACGGACAAGACUGGAACACUGACGGAGAACUGCAUGAACUUCAGGCAGUGUUCAGUGGACGGGGUGAAGUACGUGGACGUGGAGGGUUGUAUCCACACCUUUGAUGAAGACGAUAACUCCAGGACCUUCCCUCUCCAUACCUGCCCUGCGAGCCUCGUCACCUUCUUGCAGACGCUGGCUCUGUGUCACACUGUGGAGGCGAGCCCCAAGAUCAAGGCAGCGGAGCCCCAGACUAUGGAGGAGGACAUAGAGCUCUCCAACCUGUGGCUAGAAUACCAGGCCUCCAGCCCCGACGAGAAGGCCCUGGUGGAGGCUUGUGCGAGGUACGGUGUGGUCUUCGAGGGUUACAUCAAGGGGGAACUGCGUCUCAGCGUCAAGGGCCACACCAAGACCUUUACACGUCUUCAAGUUCUUGAGUUCGACUCAGACCGGAAGUGCAUGUCUGUGGUAGUGCAGGAGGAAUCUGGUAAAAUCUGGCUGCUGACAAAGGGCGCUGAGAGCAGUGUGUUGGCCAGAUGCUGUGACGACACCAAACAGCAGCGCCUUCACCAGGCAACACUCAACCAUAUCAACGACUACGCCAUGCUAGGUCUGCGGACGCUGGCUGUGGGCAGGAGGGAGCUUAGCUUACAACAGUACACAGACUUUGCCAGUCAACUCACCCGAGCUAAACAGAUGCUGGAGGAUCGUGAGGCGGCGGUGAGAGAGGUGACAGAGAGAAUGGAAGCUGAACUGCAGCUCCUGGGAGCCACCGGGGUGGAGGACCUGCUGCAGGAGGGCGUCCAGGAGACACUGGAAUCUCUGCGGGUUGCUGGCAUUAAAGUGUGGGUGCUGACGGGGGACAAGAUAGAGACGGCCGUCAACAUCGCCUUUUCCUGCGGUCAUUUCAAACGCUUCAUGAAGAUCCUCUAUGUGAACGGCCUCAGGGACCACGACACUGCCAGACACAGGCUUGCACAGUGCCAGGAAGAUAUAACUGAAGACUCCUUCUACGGUCUGGUGGUGGACGGAGCGUCGCUGCAGCUGCUGUACGGCAACCUGAAGGAGGAGUUCUACCAGGUGUGUCGUAGGUGCACUGCCGUCGUCUGCUGCAGGAUGUCUCCCAGGCAAAAAGCCGAGACGGUGCGGUUGGUGAAGAAGUCUAAGGAGUCUCCCGUCUGUGCUGCCAUAGGUGACGGCGCUAACGACGUCUCCAUGAUCCAGGAGGCCCACGUCGGCUUAGGAGUGAUGGGCAAGGAAGGACGGCAGGCGGUGAGGUGCUCCGACUUCGCCUUCGCCAGGUUCCGCUUCCUGAAGAAGGUGUUGCUGGUCCACGGCCACUGGUACUACAUCAGGGUCUCUACGCUAGUCCAGUACUCCUUCUACAAGAACGUCGCCUUUAUCACACCGCAGAUCUUCUUCGCUAUCUGGAACGCUUUCUCCACUCAGAGUAUAUACGAGAGUCUGGCUCUGACCAUGUUCAACAUAACGUUCACCUCGCUUCCUAUCAUCAUCUACGGCCUCUUCGACCAGAACCUGCCACCGGAGCUGCUUCUUGAUAGAGCUGAGCUCUACAGGAACAACGCUAAAAAUUCUGCUAUGUCCUGGUUCAACUUCUUCAAGUGGAACUGCUUCGCUCUCUGGCAUACUUGUGUAAUGUACUUCGGACUGAUGUUCGUAUGUUUCGACGACACCUGUGGACUGCCCGACGCUCAGACUCCAGACCUGGGUCUCUUUGGCACUACCCUCGUCUCUAUCUGUGUCUUCGUCAUCAACCUCAAGCUGGUCCUGGAAGUGCGAUAUUUCACGCAGUUUUUCUUCUGGUCAGUGAUCGCUACCUUGCUAGGCUACGCUGUUGUUACUCUCGUCUACCAGGGCUUCCUCAGUGACUUCUUCAGCAACUACGGCGUCUACUGGAGCUACUACCGCAUGUUCCAGAGUUCCUCCAUCAUGCUGGGGUCGAUGCUUCUGGGGGUCGUCUGCCUCCUUCCUGACCUUGUAGUGAAGGUCUGUGACUCCUUCACCGACGUCAGAGUAGAAGAGCGACGCAGAAAGAAUAAGGACUCGCCAGUUACUCUCAAAUAUUAUAUAAGCUACGUAAACGAAGCCUUCUAUCCGGGGGAAGAGUCGAAUAAUUGGUCGACAGUAACCAAUGGCCCGAGAGACGAGGACACCAGCCUAGAAAACAAACAUAGAAGAGAAAACGGCGCCAUCGUACAAAGUGAAGCGUUCACAGACAAAAAUAAAUCAACAGAAACCGGAAUGCACGUUGGAAACAGGACGUUCAUAGAGAACGAGACGGCGUUCAGUAACGUAGCCACGUCUCUCAGUGAAUCCUGGACUAGUGAAAGUACUGUCAUAUGACAGUACUGGAAAAAAGUGCAGUUGAAAAGAAUUAUUGCGUAUUUAAAUUAUUUACUAAUAAUAAAAAGUGACAUUUUACAAAAAAAUAUAUUUCCCCCUCUGUGGCAGAAUGGUAAAAAUGAUUGUUUAACGUCAAUAUUUUUAAGACAAGA